AUGAGACUGAAUGCCUACGAGUCAUCCAAAAUUUACAACCAAAAGAUGAAGGCAUAUCAUGACAAGAAGCUACAGAGGAAAGAAUUCCAACCAUGGCAGCAGGUAUUACUCUUUAACUCAAGGCUAAGGCUAUUCCCAGGUAAGCUGAAGUCCAAGUGGUUAGGGCCGUUCAUAAUCAAUGAAGUCAGACCUCACGGAGCAGUAGAAUUGGGGGACCCUAGAGAAGAGAACUUUGAGAAGAAAUGGAUCGUCAAUGGACAACGCUUAAAGCUUUAUAACGGAGGACAACUAGAGCGAUUGACGACCAUCAUCUACUUGAAUGACCCUUGA